CUGACUCAGUGAUCUCUGCGCUCUCACGCUGAUCAUUCUCGUGGGGGGGAAGCUGGGCACAGCUUUACGCGACUUUCUGAGUUUUCCCUCCAUCUUAUGCGAACUAUUUUAGCUCGGACUUUAACGCCAGAGAAUCCUUUAGAUCUGUUUAAUAUCUUUUUUCAGCUUUUGAUGGUGAUCCCUGUCGGACAGUAAACGGUGAUGGCAGACUCUGAUACUCAAGAGGCUCGCCAACCUGCAAAAGACUCGCCGUUCUCCAUAAAGAACCUGCUGAAUAUUGAAGACAAACCCACGAAGCCAAAAAGCAUCCUCAGCUCGCACAAGGGGGUUUUGGAAGGCAGUUUCUUUUCUCGGCUCGGUGAUUUGUCUGUUCCUCGAUUUGAGCUGCCAGCACAGAGAAUUGGACUAUCCGCGCAAUAUCUGGAAAGAGCAUCUACCUGGUGGUACCCCUACACGCUUGGAGCACAUUUUAGGACUGGAGGGUCUGAGAAGGUCAGCUUAAGAGAAGCAUCACAGGCACCGGACAGGCGCUCUCCGGAUCUCCAGAAAAGUGAUCAAGAUGCCAAAGAUGAAAGCGCCGACGAUGACAUCGCCCUGGAUGAAAGUGACUCGGAGGAGCCAAAGAAAGAAACAGACCAGGAGGACGACUGGAGGAGAAAAAACGACGAGCUGGACUCCGAGAAGAAGCCCUGUCGGAAGAAGAAGACGCGCACCGUGUUUUCCAGAAGUCAGGUCUUUCAGCUGGAGUCCACUUUCGACAUUAAGCGCUACCUGAGCAGCUCAGAGAGGGCAGGCCUAGCCGCGUCUCUGCACUUAACCGAGACGCAGGUGAAAAUCUGGUUCCAGAACCGGAGGAAUAAGUGGAAAAGGCAGCUGGCCGCCGAGCUGGAGGCGGCCAACCUGAGCCAUGCGGCGGCACAGAGGAUUGUGCGGGUUCCCAUACUCUACCACGAGAAUGGAGCCCCAGAAACGAGCGGGGGCCCUGCUACAAACUCACCGGGCGGCCAGGCACUCCUGGCUUUCCCCCACCACAUGUACUAUUCUCACCCAGUCCCACUGCUGAGACCCGUUUAA